GGUGGAAAUAGCCUCAGCCGAAAAGUAAUCUCUCUCCCCAUGUACUGGCAGCAGAGCUAAGCCGGCUGUUCCGGAACACUCCUCUCUUCUUCGCUGGCCCACUUCCGAUCAACCACCUCGCCUCCGACAAUGGCCGAGACCGCAGCCGCGUCUCCUCCGCUCCAGAUCAUCGCCGGGGCCGACCCCUUCGGUACACCCCUGAAGGAUGCCCUCGUGGCCCACCUCCGCUCCCUCAACAUCGAGGUCGAAGACCUUGGCACCGGCCCCUACUACUCCAUCGCCGCCGAAGUCGGGCAGCGCGUCUCAUCCGCCGCUGAUACCACGCGCGGCCUCCUGGCGUGCGGCACCGGCUGUGGCGUCUCGAUGUUCGCUAACAAGUUCCCCGGAGUCUUCGCCGCCACGUGCCUCACCACCGGAGACGCCGUCAACGCCCGGUCAAUCAGCAACUGCAACGUCCUCUCCGUGUCGGGUAAGUGCACUCCGGCCGAGUCCGCCGUCGAGAUCGUCGACGCGUGGCUGAAGACUCCGUACAAGUCCCCUUGCCCCGCCAACGACAACCAGCCCUGGUCGGAAGAGAUCCAGAACUUUCUAGACACUUCCCUGACCGAAAUGUCGAAAGUUGGAGUCGAAUCCGGCGGCCAAUUGGCUGCGGAUACUUGCGCGGUCUGCUGCCUGGUGAAGAACAGGGAGCUGAAUCCGAUGGACAUAAUGCCGGGUGGCUCGAUGAAGAUCCUCCGGGAGAGCCUGACGUCGGCGAUAGUGAGGUUUAAGGCUGGGAGCGUAGAGCCAGCGCACCACCACACGUUUGGGCACGAUCUGGUGGUGAUGGAAGGGAAGAAGAAGGUCUGGAAUUUGACCAAGAAUGAAGAGUAUGACUUGGGGGUCGGAGACUAUCUCUUCACUCCGGCCAGGGAUGUUCACCGGGUUAGGUACUUCGAGGACACGGAGUUCUUCAUCAAGUGGGAUGGGCACUGGGACAUGUUCUUUGACGAGGAUCUCGAGACUGCAAAGAAGGCUAUAGAGAAGGCAUUGGCUUGAGCAAUUAACUAUCGGAUAAUUUUCGUCGAAAUGUGGGAUCGGUGAGCAGCCAGAUUCUCGAAUCUUGAAUGAUGAGAGAGUUAAGACAAUGAACAACUGCGUGUUCUAUUUGCUUGCUUGCUAUUAAAGUCGAGUCGUCCUGUUCUCUGUGCUUGUUACUUGCUGUAAUGUAACAUGGUUUGAUAAAUCUUGAAUGCUCGCUUCGAGUGAAGUCGAGUCGUCCUGUUCCCCUGUGCUUGUUAGUUGCUGUAAUGUAACAUGGUUUGAUGUAUUGAGAAUCCAACUUGUGGCUAAAUAAUGUUUAUCGAAUUGGAUCUGUUUCUGCUGUC